AUCUGAUAUUUGUUGACAAAUAGUAUAUUAUAUUUGAAAUGCAAUAACAAAUCAAUUGAUUGAUCGAUGCAUUGAUUAAUCCAAUUGUUUAUUCAUUGAACACCUGAUUCAACAUAUCAUAGCAUUUAUGGAUCACUUAAUGUGAUAUAAAAUAAAUUAUUGAAACAAAUCAUCAAAAGUUGUAUUAUUGAAGAAGACAUCAACAGUAAUGAAACGAUUAAACAUAUGAUGAAAAAGAGGAUCAAUUGGUUUAGCGAUGAUUUUCAAGAAAUUGAUGCGAUUUGUUAUAUUUAAUAACAACAAUAAAGUUGUCGUUUAUAUGAAAGUAACGGUUUUGCUAUUGAUCUUCAUUUAUGUCUUUGUCGUCACAAUUAGCCAUAAAGUGGUCAACAAAAAGCUCAUUGAAACGUCUUCCGCAACCAAUGGUCUCAAAUCAGAUGAUAGUAAAAAUGAUCCGAAAUUAAAUCAAAACAUUUAUGACUUAAAUGAUGUCAACGACUAUAAAGUCGUAACACCGAUAAUUGAUCUCAAAAGUGAUAAUCAAAUUAACGAAGAUUUUCAGUUUUUAGACAACUUUGAAGAUAAGAAUCGUGUCAUUAGAUAUGGUGGAUAUAGCGGACAUACGAUGAAGAUUGCGAUUACAGUCUGUGGUAAUCAAACACUACAACAAAGUCUUGUAACACUUAAGUCUGCAGCUCUUCUCACUGAAAGUAGACUUCAUUUCAUAAUAAUGACAGAUGAAGACAACCGACAGAUUAUAAGACAAUUUUUAUUGACUGAAUGGCCAAAACAUAUCUUAAGUCGAAUAUCAUUUGAGAUACAUUUGGUUUCAUUUCCUAAUACACUGAAUGCUGAGGAAUGGAGAAAAUUGUUUAAAUUAUGUGCCGCUCAGAGACUAUUUUUACCAACAAUUUUAAAGGACAUAGACUCAGUCCUCUACGUUGAUACCGAUGUUUUAUUUUUGACACCGAUUGAUCAAAUCUGGACUUUAUUUCAAAGCAUGAAUAGUUCACAAAUGGCUGCAAUGUCUCCCGAAAGUGAAGACUUUGCUAGCAGUUGGUAUCAUAGGUUUGCUAAACACCCGUAUGUCGAGAGACUUGGCGUUAACUCUGGUGUAAUGCUUAUGAAUUUGACACGAAUGAGAACUUUUGGUUGGACUGACUAUUUAGAGCCAUAUCUUUCGUUAUAUAAGCACAAUAUAGUAUGGGGUGAUCAGGAUAUCAUUAAUAUUAUUUUUCAUUAUAAUUCAGACAAAUUAUACAUAUUUACCUGUGAUUGGAAUUACCGACCCGACCAUUGCAUUUAUACCCGGGUCUGUAAACCUGCCGAACAAACUGGUGUCCGUAUAAUUCAUGGCAAUCGCGGAGUCUUUUUAAAUGAAAAACAGCCCUCUUUUCGGGCAAUUUAUGAGUCAUUUAAAGAUUUUAGUUUUAACAAUGAUUUGUCUGUAUUGUUGGACGUCAUUAAAACACAAUUGGAAAACUCAAGUAAUACUAACUGUGGUAAAGCCAGACAUAGCUUUACAUUAGCUUUAGAAGCAUUCCUCUCAAAUCAACAUUAAAUGACAUUUUAUAAAU